CUGCGGAGGCGGAACUUCCGGUAGCACCGGUUGGACUGUGGACACGAAGUGAAAGACUUCAGCUGCCUAAAAUCGGAAGAAAGGGAAGAACGUCGAGUUUACGGCUUGUCAGAGAAUUGUGAUGAUUCUAACAAAUGGACGACAUCAACCUCCAUUAUCGUUUUUUGAACUGGAGAAGGCGAAUACGAGAAUUUCGUGAAGUACGACCAGUGCGGUACCGAGAGCGUCUGAAAAGAAUGCUGAGGGAUGGUGAUGUGCUCAGGUACCAUGGGAACUCAGAUGAAGUUGGCUGUUUUGUGGCAGCGAGACCGUUGUCAAAGAGAAGUCGCUAUUUUGAGGUAACAAUCGUCGAUACAGGAGUGAGGGGGAUGAUUGCUGUUGGUUUAGUGCCUCACCUUUACAAGCUGGACCAUCAACCAGGCUGGCUCCCAAAUUCCGUGGCUUUCCAUGCAGAUGAUGGCAAGUUGUACAACGGCAACACUGUAGGUCAACAGUUUGGUCCAAAAUGCUGCAGAGGGGACAGAAUCGGCUGUGGAAUAUCCCUGGACUCUGAUGAUGGACAGUUGACUGUGUUUUUUACCAAGAAUGGUAAAGAAGUUGGCAGCUUGGAAGUACCAGCAGUCGAAGCUCUCUACCCUGCUGUAGGAAUGCAUUCGCUGGGGGAGGAAGUGCUGCUGGACCUACAUGCUGAAUGGAGAAUGGAGGAGGAUGACGGGCUGAUGAUAGUAGACAGCCACGAAGAUGACUGGGGCCGCCUCCAUGAUAUUAGAGUGUCUGGCACCCUGCUGGAGUACACGGGCAAAGGGAAGAGCAUCGUUGACGUGGGCUUGGCUCAGGCCCUUCGGCCACUCAACACACGCUUCCACUACUACGAGCUGGAGAUCACAGACGCCGGGGAGAAGUGUUACAUCGCCCUGGGCCUGGCACGCAAGGAUUAUCCGAAAAACAGACAUCCAGGAUGGAGCAGAGGGUCCAUCGCAUAUCAUGCGGACGACGGAAAGUUGUUUCAGGGCAGCGGUGUCGGCGACGCCUUCGGGCCACGUUGCUUCGAAGGAGACCUCAUGGGCUGCGGCAUCAUGUUUCCACGUGACUUCAGCCACGAGGAUGGAGAUGAUGCGGAUGACUGGGACCUGGAAAUGUUUCCGCAGCCCAGCGAGGUUCAGAAUGACUUAUACGCGAGCAAUGACGACGACGACGACGAGGGGGAAGACUUGGAGGGAACCAAGGUCAUGGUGUUCUUCACCCGCAAUGGAAAGGUGGUGGGGCGCAGGGAGGUGGCCUUACCUGCCGGAGGCUUCUACCCCACUAUUGGCAUGAUGAGCACCGGGGAGAAAGUUAAAGUAGACCUGCACCCCCUCAGUGGCUGAACACCUCCACGGGACUCUUACCUCAUCAUCAACGGGCUGCUGCACGACGCUUGUAGAAGUCACGUCAGGAUGGAACUGUGGCCUUCUCAUGCUGUAAGAAUCAAAUGGUCCACAUGUGGUUAUUUCUUGAAGUUUUAAUGGAAGCACACAUUGUGGCGUUGAUUUUUUUUUUCCUAAAAGAAGCAGAGCAAGCUGAGGAUUCGCAACAAUCAAUUAUUUCCAUAUUGAUUUCGAGUCAGUGGCCUUACGUUCCAUAAAUGGUGCAUUACUGGCACUCGGUGGUGAGACUCCUGUACUGCAGUCAUUUUUUCACUUCAUGGCCUAAAAAUGUAAAACAACUCCCACAAUGUUUCCCAGCCUUUUAUUCAGCCAAGGCCCAUAUUUUCACUUAAGAAAAUUCUCACAGCAUACCACAACAACAAAAAUGCAACAAAAAAGCAAAACUAAACAAAAAAAACAAACCAUGAUGAUCCUGUCUCAUUUUACUCACAACUUUAUUGAUGUGAAAUCUGGGCCCGUUAAAUUGAGUAGAAAUCUAUAUUCUGUUGACUGAUGGAAACUCAAGUUAAUUGUACCUUCUGACAUCCAAUGGAAUUAAUUGAUACACCCGUCACUGUAUGUUGCUGGCAUAGUUGGAUUAAAAAAAAAUACAUUAUUUAAAAUGAACAAAUAAAAUCUGGAUACGUUUUUGCAACAUGAUCUAACUAAUGUGCCACAGCACCAUGGUUUGUGAAACAAUACCCAAGCAUAU